GCUUCCCUGUCACCGGGUCCCCGCGGAGGAAGGGGAGGGACGAGGCGCGGCUUUUCCUGUGCCGCCCGCCUGGCUCGACCUGCGCGGCCUGCGGCUUCCUGGGAACUCGAGGGCCGCGGCCGGGCCUAGCUCUGCCCGCGGCCUGCUUGGAACUGGGCCGGAGCAGUUGGAGACCACAGGCCCGGAACCAUGGCAGACGUGGAUCCGGAUACGUUGCUAGAAUGGCUACAGAUGGGACAGGGAGAUGAAAGGGACAUGCAACUAAUAGCCCUUGAACAGCUAUGCAUGCUGCUUUUGAUGUCCGACAACGUGGAUCGUUGUUUUGAAACAUGUCCUCCUCGAACUUUCUUACCAGCCCUCUGCAAAAUAUUUCUUGAUGAAAGUGCUCCAGACAAUGUUUUAGAGGUCACAGCCCGUGCCAUAACAUACUACCUGGAUGUGUCUGCAGAAUGCACCCGGAGAAUUGUUGGGGUAGAUGGAGCUAUAAAAGCACUUUGUAAUCGCUUGGUUGUGGUUGAACUUAACAACAGGACUAGUAGAGACUUGGCUGAACAGUGUGUAAAGGUCUUAGAACUGAUAUGCACUCGUGAGUCCGGAGCAGUGUUUGAGGCUGGGGGUUUGAACUGCGUGCUUACCUUCAUUCGGGACAGUGGACACCUGGUUCAUAAAGACACUUUGCACUCAGCCAUGGCAGUGGUAUCAAGACUCUGUGGCAAAAUGGAACCACAAGACUCUUCUUUAGAAAUUUGUGUAGAAUCUUUGUCUAGUUUAUUAAAACAUGAAGAUCAUCAGGUUUCAGAUGGAGCUCUCCGCUGCUUUGCAUCAUUAGCUGACCGCUUUACCCGUCGUGGUGUUGACCCAGCUCCAUUAGCCAAGCAUGGACUAACUGAGGAGCUUUUGUCUCGAAUGGCUGCUGCUGGUGGUACUGUAUCAGGGCCAUCAUCAGCUUGCAAACCAAGUCGUAGCACAACCGGUGCGCCUUCCACAGCUGCAGAUUCUAAAUUGAGUAACCAGGUGUCAACGAUUGUAAGUCUGCUCUCAACACUUUGCAGAGGAUCUCCAGUGGUAACACACGAUCUCCUGAGAUCUGAGCUUCCAGAUUCAAUUGAAAGUGCACUGCAGGGUGAUGAAAGAUGUGUGCUUGAUACCAUGCGCCUGGUUGAUCUUCUCUUGGUGCUAUUAUUUGAAGGACGAAAGGCUUUGCCAAAGUCUAGUGCUGGAUCUACAGGCAGAAUCCCAGGACUCCGAAGACUGGAUAGUUCUGGGGAGCGCUCACAUCGGCAGCUUAUAGACUGUAUUCGAAGUAAAGAUACUGAUGCACUUAUAGAUGCAAUUGAUACAGGAGCCUUUGAAGUAAAUUUCAUGGAUGAUGUGGGUCAGACUCUAUUAAAUUGGGCCUCUGCUUUUGGAACUCAGGAAAUGGUAGAAUUUCUGUGUGAAAGAGGUGCUGAUGUUAAUAGGGGUCAAAGAUCAUCAUCAUUACAUUAUGCUGCAUGUUUUGGAAGACCUCAAGUAGCAAAGACUCUUUUACGGCAUGGUGCAAACCCAGAUCUGAGAGAUGAAGAUGGGAAAACUCCAUUAGAUAAAGCUCGGGAAAGGGGCCAUAGUGAAGUAGUAGCUAUUCUUCAGUCUCCAGGUGAUUGGAUGUGUCCAGUUCAUAAAGGUGAUGAUAAGAAAAAGAAAGAUACGAACAAAGAUGAAGAAGAAUGUAAUGAACCAAAAGGAGAUCCAGAAAUGGCACCGAUAUACUUGAAAAGGUUAUUGCCGGUGUUUGCACAAACAUUUCAGCAAACUAUGCUGCCUUCAAUAAGGAAAGCAAGUCUUGCGCUGAUUCGAAAAAUGAUUCAUUUUUGUUCUGAAGCACUGUUGAAGGAAGUAUGUGAUUCUGAUGUUGGUCACAAUUUGCCUACAAUACUAGUGGAAAUCACUGCUACUGUCCUUGAUCAAGAGGAUGAUGAUGAUGGCCACUUGCUGGCUUUGCAGAUCAUAAGGGAUUUGGUAGAUAAAGGAGGUGAUAUUUUUUUGGAUCAGCUAGCCAGACUUGGUGUAAUUAGCAAAGUGUCAACUUUGGCAGGUCCUUCUUCUGAUGACGAAAAUGAAGAGGAAUCAAAACCAGAAAAAGAAGAUGAACCACAGGAAGAUGCUAAAGAAUUGCAGCAAGGUAAACCGUAUCACUGGAGAGACUGGUCAAUCAUUAGAGGAAGGGAUUGCUUGUAUAUAUGGAGUGAUGCAGCAGCCUUGGAAUUAUCUAAUGGCAGUAAUGGAUGGUUCAGAUUUAUCUUGGAUGGAAAACUUGCCACCAUGUAUUCAAGUGGUAGUCCUGAAGGUGGAUCGGAUAGUUCAGAAAGCAGAAGUGAAUUCCUGGAGAAAUUACAAAGAGCUCGAGGUCAAGUCAAGCCGUCUACUUCAAGUCAGCCUAUACUCUCAGCGCCAGGACCUGCGAAACUUACUGUGGGGAAUUGGUCACUAACAUGUUUGAAAGAAGGAGAAAUUGCUAUUCAUAAUUCAGAUGGUCAGCAAGCAACAAUAUUGAAAGAAGAUUUACCUGGUUUUGUGUUUGAAUCUAAUAGAGGAACCAAACAUUCAUUUACUGCAGAAACUUCUCUGGGUUCAGAAUUUGUGACUGGCUGGACUGGCAAAAGAGGCAGAAAACUGAAAUCCAAGUUAGAAAAAACAAAGCAAAAGGUCCGAACUAUGGCUCGAGAUUUAUAUGAUGACCACUUUAAAGCUGUUGAAAGUAUGCCUCGUGGGGUAGUGGUAACUCUCAGAAAUAUAGCAACUCAAUUAGAAUCAUCUUGGGAACUUCAUACUAAUAGACAAUGUAUUGAAAGUGAGAACACCUGGCGAGAUUUGAUGAAGACAGCUUUAGAAAAUUUAAUAGUACUUUUAAAGGAUGAAAACACAAUAUCACCAUAUGAAAUGUGUAGUAGUGGCUUGGUGCAAGCACUACUUACUGUUUUAAACAAUAGCAUGGAUUUAGAUAUGAAACAAGAUUGUAGUCAACUAGUAGAAAGAAUAAAUGUUUUUAAAACAGCCUUUAGUGAAAAUGAAGAUGAAGAAAGUCGACCGGCAGUUGCAUUGAUUCGAAAGCUAAUAGCGGUACUAGAAUCUAUUGAACGCCUACCUCUCCAUUUGUAUGAUACACCAGGGUCCUCAUACAACCUUCAGAUACUUACAAGAAGAUUAAGAUUUCGGUUGGAACGUGCCCCUGGUGAAACUGCAUUGAUAGACAGAACUGGCAGAAUGCUGAAGAUGGAACCCUUAGCAACAGUUGAAUCUCUGGAACAGUAUCUGUUGAAAAUGGUAGCAAAACAGUGGUAUGAUUUUGACCGAUCUUCAUUUGUUUUUGUUCGAAAAUUAAGAGAAGGGCAAAAUUUCACAUUUCGGCACCAGCAUGAUUUUGAUGAAAAUGGUAUCAUUUAUUGGAUUGGAACAAAUGCCAAAACUGCCUAUGAAUGGGUAAAUCCAGCUGCUUAUGGACUUGUAGUAGUAACAUCAUCAGAAGGAAGAAAUCUACCUUAUGGCCGCUUAGAAGACAUAUUAAGCCGUGACAAUUCAGCUUUAAAUUGUCAUAGUAAUGAUGAUAAGAACGCCUGGUUUGCCAUAGAUCUUGGUCUCUGGGUGGUACCAUCAGCAUAUACACUUCGUCAUGCUCGUGGUUAUGGAAGGUCUGCACUGAGAAAUUGGGUUUUCCAGGUAUCCAAAGAUGGACAGAACUGGACUUCUUUGUAUACCCAUGUUGAUGACUGCAGUCUCAAUGAACCAGGGUCAACAGCAACUUGGCCUCUUGAUCCACCAAAGGAUGAGAAGCAAGGAUGGCGACAUGUCCGAAUUAAACAGAUGGGGAAGAAUGCUAGUGGACAAACACACUACCUCUCACUAUCUGGAUUUGAACUUUAUGGGACUGUAAAUGGAGUGUGUGAAGAUCAGCUAGGAAAAGCAGCAAAAGAAGCAGAAGCUAAUCUUAGAAGACAGAGGCGUCUAGUACGAUCCCAGGUUCUGAAAUAUAUGGUGCCAGGAGCUCGUGUGAUCAGAGGCCUUGAUUGGAAAUGGAGAGAUCAGGAUGGCAGCCCUCAGGGAGAAGGCACUGUCACAGGAGAGCUUCACAAUGGCUGGAUUGAUGUCACCUGGGAUGCUGGUGGCUCAAACUCUUACCGUAUGGGCGCAGAAGGAAAAUUUGACCUCAAGCUUGCACCAGGGUACGACCCUGAUACAGUGGCAUCACCCAAACCUGUUUCAUCCACUGUUUCAGGCACAACGCAAUCAUGGAGCAGCUUGGUGAAAAACAACUGUCCAGACAAGACAUCAGCUGCUGCAGGCUCCUCAAGUAGAAAAGGAAGCAGCAGUUCUGUGUGUAGCGUGGCCAGUAGCAGCGACAUCAGCUUGGGUUCGACCAAAACGGAACGGAGAUCAGAAAUUGUAAUGGAACACAGUAUAGUUUCAGGAGCUGAUGUCCAUGAACCAAUUGUUGUUCUUUCAUCUGCUGAAAACGUCCCUCAAACAGAAGUAGGGUCAUCUUCCAGUGCAAGCACCAGCACCUUAACCGCGGAAACGGGAAGUGAAAAUGCUGAAAGAAAGUUAGGCCCUGAUAGUUCUGUUCGUACUCCUGGGGAGUCUAGUGCAAUAUCCAUGGGAAUUGUUAGCGUUAGUUCUCCUGAUGUUAGUUCAGUAUCUGAAUUAACUAAUAAAGAAGCAGCUUCACAACGACCCCUUAGCUCUUCAGCAAGUAACAGACUGUCCGUGAGUUCUCUGUUGGCUGCUGGGGCCCCCAUGAGCUCUAGUGCAAGUGUUCCUAAUCUGUCCUCAAGAGAAACAUCUAGCUUGGAGAGUUUUGUAAGGAGAGUGGCAAACAUAGCACGGACUAAUGCCACGAACAACAUGAAUCUAAGCCGAAGCAGCAGUGAUAACAACACUAAUACUUUGGGGAGGAAUGUGAUGAGCACAGCAACUUCUCCUCUUAUGGGUGCCCAGAGUUUCCCUAAUUUGACCACACCUGGUACUACAUCAACAGUGACUAUGUCAACGUCCAGUGUUACUAGCAGCAGCAAUGUAGCUACAGCAACAACAGUUUUAUCGGUUGGUCAGUCACUUAGUAAUACUUUAACCACCAGCCUUACAUCAACCUCCAGUGAGAGUGACACAGGCCAGGAAGCAGAAUAUUCCUUAUAUGAUUUCCUUGAUAGCUGCCGUGCCAGUACUCUGCUAGCUGAGCUAGAUGAUGAUGAGGAUUUGCCAGAGCCAGAUGAGGAAGAUGAUGAAAAUGAAGAUGACAAUCAGGAGGACCAAGAAUAUGAGGAGGUUAUGAAACCACUCUUGGCGGUGCUUGGAGGACCAUAUGGGAUGCUGGAGAUCCAACCCGGGUCAGCUGCGUGCAGGAUUCUGCGCCGUCCAUCCCUGCAGCGUCGAGCUGGCUCCCGCUCUGAUGUCACUCACCAUGCUGUUACCUCCCAGCUGCCACAGGUGCCUGCUGGAGCAGGGAGUCGGCCUAUCGGUGAACAGGAAGAAGAGGAAUAUGAAACUAAAGGAGGACGCCGGAGAACGUGGGAUGAUGACUAUGUGUUAAAGCGGCAGUUUUCUGCUUUGGUUCCUGCUUUUGAUCCUAGACCAGGCCGUACAAACGUCCAGCAGACAACUGAUCUAGAAAUUCCACCCCCAGGAACACCUCAUUCAGAGCUCUUGGAAGAAGUUGAAUGCACUCCAUCACCUCGUUUAUCCCUUACUCUGAAAGUAACAGGUCUUGGAACAACUCGUGAAGUUGAAUUACCUCUAACUAAUUUCAGAUCAACCAUCUUUUACUAUGUACAGAAAUUGCUUCAGUUGUCUUGCAAUGGCACCGUGAAAUCAGACAAACUUAGGCGUAUUUGGGAGCCAACAUACACAAUCAUGUACAGAGAAAUGAAGGAUUCUGACAAAGAAAAGGAAAGUGGAAAAGUGGGUUGUUGGUCUAUUGAGCAUGUGGAACAGUACCUUGGCACUGAUGAAUUACCAAAGAAUGACUUGAUAACCUACCUGCAGAAGAAUGCAGACGCCGCUUUCCUGCGCCACUGGAAAUUAACUGGCACUAAUAAAAGUAUUAGGAAAAACAGAAAUUGUUCUCAGCUCAUAGCUGCAUAUAAGGAUUUUUGUGAGCAUGGGACAAAAUCUGGGUUAAACCAGGGAGCCAUUUCUACUCUUCAAAGUAGUGAUAUUCUUAAUUUGACAAAAGAACAACCUCAGGCCAAAGCAGGCAAUGGUCAGAAUUCUUGUGGAGUAGAAGAUGUUCUGCAGCUUCUACGUAUUCUGUAUAUUGUAGCAAGUGACCCUUACUCAAGAAUAUCCCAAGAAGAAGGUGAUGAACAGCUUCAGUUUACUUUUCCACCAGAUGAAUUCACUAGCAAAAAAAUCACAACAAAAAUUUUGCAGCAGAUUGAGGAACCACUGGCACUAGCAAGUGGAGCUUUGCCAGAUUGGUGUGAACAGUUAACCAGCAAGUGUCCUUUUCUCAUACCAUUUGAAACAAGACAGCUGUAUUUCACAUGUACAGCAUUUGGUGCAUCAAGAGCAAUAGUGUGGUUACAAAACCGACGUGAAGCCACUGUGGAAAGAACAAGAACCACAAGUAGUGUCAGGCGAGAUGAUCCUGGAGAGUUUCGAGUUGGUCGUCUCAAGCAUGAAAGAGUAAAAGUUCCACGUGGUGAAUCACUGAUGGAGUGGGCUGAGAAUGUCAUGCAGAUACAUGCAGAUCGGAAAUCAGUUCUUGAGGUUGAAUUUUUAGGAGAAGAAGGAACUGGCUUGGGACCCACUUUAGAGUUUUAUGCUCUUGUGGCAGCAGAAUUCCAAAGAACUGACUUGGGUGCUUGGCUUUGUGAUGAUAACUUUCCAGAUGAUGAAUCUCGCCAUGUGGAUCUUGGAGGUGGAUUGAAGCCUCCUGGAUACUAUGUACAGAGAUCAUGUGGACUGUUUACAGCACCUUUUCCACAAGAUAGUGACGAGCUUGAAAGGAUCACAAAACUCUUUCAUUUCCUUGGAAUUUUCUUGGCCAAAUGCAUUCAAGACAAUAGACUUGUGGACUUACCCAUUUCUAAACCUUUCUUUAAACUUAUGUGUAUGGGUGACAUUAAAAGCAAUAUGAGUAAACUGAUCUAUGAAUCACGAGGUGAUAGAGACUUACACUGUACUGAGAGUCAGUCUGAAGCUUCUACAGAAGAAGGGCAUGAUUCACUCUCAGUAGGAAGCUUUGAAGAGGAUUCAAAAUCAGAAUUUAUUCUAGAUCCUCCCAAACCAAAGCCUCCUGCUUGGUUUAAUGGAAUUUUAACUUGGGAAGACUUUGAACUCGUAAACCCACAUAGAGCCAGAUUUUUAAAAGAAAUUAAAGACCUUGCUAUCAAGAGGCGACAGAUUUUAAGCAACAAAGGACUUUCUGAAGAUGAGAAGAACACUAAAUUACAGGAACUAGUGUUGAAGAACCCAUCAGGUUCUGGGCCUCCACUUAGCAUAGAGGAUUUAGGUUUAAAUUUCCAGUUUUGCCCUUCCUCAAGAAUAUAUGGUUUUACAGCAGUGGAUCUUAAACCAAGUGGUGAAGAUGAGAUGAUAACAAUGGAUAAUGCAGAAGAAUAUGUGGAUUUGAUGUUUGACUUUUGUAUGCAUACGGGUAUUCAGAAACAAAUGGAAGCUUUUAGAGAUGGGUUCAAUAAAGUUUUUCCAAUGGAGAAAUUAAGUUCCUUCAGCCAUGAAGAAGUCCAAAUGAUUCUUUGUGGAAAUCAGUCACCAUCGUGGGCAGCAGAGGAUAUUAUCAAUUACACUGAACCCAAGUUGGGUUAUACUCGUGACAGCCCUGGUUUCCUGAGGUUCGUGAGGGUUUUAUGUGGCAUGUCCUCAGAUGAAAGGAAAGCAUUCCUGCAGUUUACCACUGGUUGCUCAACUCUGCCCCCAGGUGGACUGGCCAACCUACACCCUAGGCUCACCGUUGUACGCAAGGUUGACGCCACUGAUGCCAGCUACCCAUCAGUGAAUACGUGUGUGCAUUAUCUCAAGUUGCCUGAGUAUUCGUCUGAGGAGAUAAUGAGAGAGCGCCUUUUAGCUGCUACGAUGGAGAAAGGGUUUCAUCUCAAUUGAGUUUUGACGUGCAAUGAGAGAGACAUCACAGACUUUUAAAUUCUAGUGAAGCCUCUUGUGUUUGUGUGCAGAGAAGUACAUGAUUCUCCACGCUAAUGACACCUGCCUUUUUUUCCACCAUUAAGGCUUUAAGAACAUGUGGAGUAAGUUUGUUAGCUGCUAAUGACAAAACAAAACCCUUUAACUACCCAGCCAGCAAGUAUAUAGCACAGAACACUAUGUGUUGCUACAAGGGCUUAUGUGACUGGAAUAAGGUGGUCCUACUUGACUGUUCCAAAGAGCAGCUUCUCAGAUCUUCAGUGUUCACUGGUAAAUUUCUAACAGUGCAUUUGUGUAAAGUUUGUCAUUUCAUACUUCAUACACUACAGUUGCCAUCACUGAUCCCUGUUUUGCUGGCUUUUAAGCUACUUGGUCAAAAAAAUCCUACUUCCUUAAAACAUAGUUAAUGAGCAUCUCAAGCUUUUUCUUUUCCUUUUUAUUGAUGCCUGCACUAUCAGAGUAUUCUAGUGUUCUCUUUUGUUUGGAAUAUAAUCAUGCACAACCUUUUUAUUUCUUUGAGGUGGGAGUAUAUUUUUAUUUCCUAAAUGCCAUACUAUAAAGAUCAAAUUCUUAAGUGUGUUUGUGCAGCUCAAAAAUAAAGAUAUAUUGGGGGGAGGGGAACACUGGUCUAGGUGCAAGGCACACUUAAAGCAAGUUUUACUUUUGGUUGUAUUUUCUUUGUAUAUUAUAAACAUUUAUUUAACUUGUUGCAGUUUGAAGUAAAAAAUUUCCAAAAUGUAUGCUCAACAAUAAUCAUUAAAAUGUUUGCAGCGUACAAAA